AAAUCAUAUGUACAAAACACAUGUUGACAUCUUGGAGCUUGUUGCAGCUGAGUCUUUACGACGGUAGAGUUUACGGCCGACGCUCUUGCUUGACGGCAGCGGGUCAGCGUCCCCGCUGGUGCUGCUCCUUUACGGUAGCGGGGCAGGAGGGCGCAGGCGCGGUGGUGUCUCGGAGGCCAGUGGCGGUCAUGGCGCUGUCCGGGUCCGCUCUCCAGGCCAAGGUGUCCCGCCUGGUCAGCAGGCAGCACGGCAGGCCGGUGCUCAAACCCAACAAGGCCCUGGUGCUGGCCGAUAGGGUGGCGAACAGGAAAAUGCGGCUGGGAGAGGCAAUGUGUAUCACAGAGAUGUCCGUGAUGAUGGCUUGCUGGAAACAAAAUGAGUUCAGUGAGAGAGCCUGUGCCAAAGAGAUCCAGGCGUUCUAUGCUUGCACAGCCAAGGCAGAGGCUGAGCGGAAAGCAAGGGCAAGUUUGGAGAGUGUGGGACAAACCAAUACUUUGACUCCCCAACAAGCCACAAAGUUGCUGCAGAGAUAUCCUAACAAAACACAAGUGAGAUAGGAGUCUGCAUGUGGAAUUACUAUUUGGAUUUAAAAGGCUGCUGAUUACUUCCUCUUCCUGUGUCUGAGCCGUUCAGUUCCUGAUGGAUACAAAUGCCCUGGAAAUUGCCGGACUAUAAUACUCAUCAUUGACAGUAAAACUUGAUAGAACAGCGACAUAUGUUCUUAGCUGAAAUUCACGAAUAUCUAAGACUGGGUCUCACUAAAUUAGAAAGAAUGGCAAUUUGUUGCAUUUUAUGAACUAUAUGUUGAAAUAUUUCAUAACCGGCAGUUGUUUUGAAUGCACAGGUGAGGAGUGCUUUUUAGUUCAUCUUUAUUAUUGUCUGUGAUUUUGGGUCGAGGUGCAUUUUAUUCUAUCACUUUGACUUCUCUUCAUCACAGUCCCAUCCCUGGUCUCUGAUCUGUGAUGUGAGAAGGUACACUCGAACAGGUUUCCCCUGUUGGUUCCUCCUUUUCUGCAGUGCCAUAGCAGUAAUAACUCCAGGCUAAUGUUUUAUGAGCAUGGGUUUGAAUCCUACCAUGGCAAUAGUGAAAUUUAAAUUUGAUAAAAUAAUAUACCUGUUAUUUCAAAAAAGCAUAUCUGAGGAGUUUGGGGUGGCCAUUAAAAGGUGGCUUAGCUGGUGCCACCCACAUGCCAUGAACAAAUCAAAAAUGCACCACCGAGUCCCCUAUCUUAAUGGUGGUCAUGUCGAUAUAAGGAAUUCAAUUGUGGGAUAUUCUAAGUCCAAUCUGUCUUGCACCUCUUUAAAUGACAAUAAUCUCUAUGUCCUUUAUGACAGUAUCAUCUAUUUCAGUUAAAAAUUACUCCUUUUUCACACGUCAGUGGGAAUCAGUUUCUUUAUAAAGGCCGGGUAUGUGGCUUGCGUCUCAGUUGUUUGCAAAUAGUGAAAAAUGUUUUAAGAUAACAGUGAAGGUGAUAUCAAAAUAACCCUCUGAAGUGUUACUUGAGGUUGUCUCAGAGUUGUAUAAAAUCAUACCAGAUCUUCUAAUUACAGGAGAAAACAUCUUGUGUUACUGAGCUCAAUUUAAUAAAUAAAUUCUGAUGUUAA